CUCUUCCAGGUGAACUAUGACCACUUUACUCUUGGUCUUUGUGACUCUGAGGGUCAUCGCUGCAACACUCUCAGAAGAAGUUUCAGAUUAUGACAACUCACUGAGUGUGAGCAUCCCUCAGCCAUCCCCACUGAAGGUCCUCCUGGGGACCUCCCUCACCAUCCCCUGCUACUUCAUCGACCCCAUGCACCCAGUGACCACAGCGCCCUCCACUGCCCCCCUCGCUCCAAGAAUCAAGUGGAGCCGUGUGUCCAAGGAAAAAGAAGUGGUGCUGCUUGUAGCCACUGAGGGGCAGGUGCGAGUCAACAGCUUGUACCAAGACAAGGUCUCACUACCCAACUACCCAGCCAUCCCCAGCGAUGCCACGUUGGAAAUCCAGAACCUUCGCUCCAAUGACUCCGGGGUCUAUCGCUGUGAGGUGAUGCAUGGUAUUGAGGACAGUGAGGCCACCCUAGAGGUGGUGGUGAAAGGUAUCGUGUUCCACUACAGAGCCAUCUCCACCCGCUACACCCUCGACUUCGACAGGGCCCAGCGGGCCUGCCUGCAGAACAGCGCCAUCAUCGCCACGCCCGAGCAGCUGCAGGCUGCCUAUGAGGAUGGCUUCCACCAGUGUGACGCGGGCUGGCUGGCUGACCAGACCGUCAGAUACCCCAUCCAUAUUCCCCGGGAAGGCUGCUACGGAGACAAGGAGGAGUUUCCUGGGGUGAGAACCUAUGGCAUCCGAGACACCAACGAGACCUACGAUGUGUACUGCUUCGCCGAGGAGAUGGAGGGAUAG